UUGGCCCCGGCGGCGUCCCGUUGCCGCGUCGCGCUGCGGCACCGUCGGAGCGACGCCGCCGCGGGUCAGUCAGCGGCCGGAGAGGGAAGAUGGACGCAGCCACUCUGACCUACGACACUCUCCGAUUUGCCGAGUUUGAAGAUUUCCCUGAGACCUCGGAGCCAGUUUGGAUACUGGGCAGAAAAUACAGCGUUUUCACAGAAAAGGACGAGAUCUUGUCUGAUGUGGCCUCGAGACUUUGGUUUACGUACAGAAAAAAUUUCCCAGCCAUCGGGGGAACGGGCCCCACCUCGGACACGGGCUGGGGCUGCAUGCUGCGCUGUGGACAGAUGAUCUUUGCCCAGGCCCUGCUGUGCCGGCACCUGGGCCGAGACUGGAGGUGGGCGCGGCGCAGGAGGCAGCCCGACAGCUACUUCAGCGUCCUCCACGCCUUCAUCGACAGGAAGGACAGCCACUAUUCCAUCCACCAGAUAGCACAAAUGGGAGUCGGCGAGGGCAAGUCUAUCGGCCAGUGGUACGGCCCCAACACUGUUGCCCAGGUCCUCAAGAAACUUGCCGUGUUCGACACAUGGAGCUCCCUGGCCGUCCACAUAGCCAUGGACAAUACGGUGGUCAUGGCGGAAAUCAGAAGGCUGUGCAGGAGCAGUUCCGUGUGCGCAGGGGCUGCAGCGUGUCCUGCUGACCCCAGCCAGCACUGCAACGGGCUCCCCACUGGAGCCGAGGCCGCUGGCCGGCCGUCACUGUGGAGGCCCCUGGUGCUGCUCAUCCCUCUGCGCCUCGGGCUCACUGACAUCAACGAGGCCUACGUGGAGACGCUUAAGCACUGCUUCAGGAUGCCCCAGUCCCUGGGUGUGAUCGGAGGGAAGCCCAACAGUGCCCACUACUUCAUCGGCUACGUCGGCGAAGAGCUCAUCUACCUGGACCCGCACACGACGCAGCCCGCGGUGGAGCUUACAGGUGGCUGCAGCAUCCCCGAUGACAGCUUCCAUUGCCAGCACCCGCCCUGUCGCAUGAACAUCGCCGAGCUGGACCCAUCCAUCGCUGUGGGAUUUUUCUGUAAGACGGAGGAGGACUUUAACGACUGGUGCCAGCAAGUCAGAAAGCUGUCACUGGUCUCGGGUGCCCUGCCCAUGUUCGAGCUGGUGGAGCAGCAGCCCUCGCACCUGGCCUGCCCCGAUGUCCUGAACCUCUCCCUCGAUUCUUCUGAUGUCGAGCGACUGGAAAGGUUCUUUGACUCAGAAGAUGAAGACUUUGAAAUCUUGUCACUUUGAGGACCCAGGGUCGGGCACAGUCUCUGCUGGUCCUCAGACGCCUAGCAGCCACAUUUCAUCCAUCCCAGCCUACCUGCCUGCUGACGGCGUGAGCCGGGCCAUGGCCCAGGGGUGCCCACGCUGCGCGGCUGGUACUGUGUGGCUGGGGCCUCGGAGCUCAGAGUCAGGACUGCUCAGCCAGAACCCUCGAAGGCCAGCCCGACGCUUCCGGGUGGAGGCUGCACGAGGAGCCGUUGACAGCCUUCUGCAGCCCAGCAGGGGCAGAGCAGAUCUUCACGUUUCUGGAAGCUUUUCCUCCCGACACUGCCA